AAAGAGUAAGUGUCGCUUGUCGAAACUAUCGGAGGAUAUUUAGAAUACGGAUUUUCAAAUCUUAGUUUUAGAGAGGACACUGAGAAUGUGCCAGGCCAGGGCCAUUCAUACAAACAAACAUUAGUUUUUAACACCAAAACAGACAACUGCCACUGCUCAUUUUGAAGAAAUGACUGAGAUCCUGUCACCAAACACUGAGCCAAUAGACAAGAACCCCCCGGAGCUAACGGCAGUGCCCCCUGUGCUAACAGCAGAGCCCCAGUCCCCAGGAUGGGUAACUGAAGGAGACACAGAAAAAGUAGGCCAAGGGGUAAAUAAAGCGGAUGAAGGUUUUGACGUGUAUGGCAAAGAGAGAAUGGGCUUAGCCAACAGUGAGGCCAGCACUCUCCGGUUGCCCGUUGUUGAACAGCCGAGCGGAAGCAGAAAGGACACGUCCAAAUCUAAAGCGAGGAGAAGAGAGGGAAAGGGGUCGGACGCAGAGGGAGGUAGUAUGCGAUCUGACUCUGCCUCGCUGAGAGGAAGAGUGAGCAGGACGGAGAGCGAGAGAGAGUUUGGGACAAGGGAGAAGGGGAACACGGGUGAGGGCUGGAAAGAGUUAAUGGAAGAGAGGGAAAGAGAACACGAGUUGGGGCUGUGGGAUAGUAGGAUGGGGAAAGAUUUAGAGAUAGAGGUGGAACAGGUGAAUUCAAUGCCAGAGAAGGCAGCAGGGGUCUUUAGCCCUGUCACCAUCAUCCAUUCCUCCAGCGUCCCGGGAUCACCCAGAGAGAGUGCACCUGUCUGGGAAGGGGACACAGAAAGGAGCCCCUUCCUAGGAACUGGUGGGUCCCAACCUGAUGCCUACUACCAAGACUGGUCAAGAGAGGCUCCCUCAUUAUCCUGUGGAUGUACCGGAACAAACCGGGACGGUCUGAAAGUGGGAGCAUCAGUGUUUACUUCAGCUUUGAUCUUCCCUCUUCUUGUGUGGGGAGGCUACGUCUUUUUGCCCUUUGAUGCCCCCCUGUUGGAUAGUGCCCCAUUGCGGCUGGUCUACACACUGCGUUGUUCAGUGUUUGCUGUCAUACCCAUUGUGCUAGGUGUGUUGGUACUGGGCGUGUCUAGGCUCCGUCACCGCUCUUUGAAGCCACUGUGCGAGGGAGAAGCUGAGCCCAAGGGGGUGAACGUUCACCGACGUUUCGUGGAUGAUUCGAUAUCCCUCUUCCUCCUCUAUUUCUUGCAGCUGGCCGUCAUGGCAAACUACCUGGGCCAAGGCCAGCUCAAACUGAUCCCUUUGCUUACCAUCAUCUUCACUUUUGGCAGGUUGGUUUAUUGGAUAGCUGCUGCCUGGGGCAACAGCGUGAGGGGCUUUGGCUAUGGCUUCUCCUUCCUACCCAUGGUGACCAUGCUGGUGGCCAACCUCUAUUUCAUUUUUACGGUCGAUUCUGCAGGGAGCAUUUUUGCUCAAGAUGCGGCGUCCUCUUCUAAUCAACCACCACCAGUCCCAUAUCGGCAGAGGUUCUGGGGUUAAAAUUGGGAGGGGUCACUGAACUUAUCCCAGGCAGAACCGAGAGGAAGCAACGUAAUUAUGUCUGACGUUUUACAGGAAACAAAUGGAAAACACAGAUUAUAUUAUUUUGGAAUAAAGUACUGUAACAGUUUUCUGAAU